UCUCUCUCUCUUCACUCACUGUCAACCUCUUUCCAUUUCCACAAAAGCCCUACACUUCCUUCUUUCUUCCUUACCAAUUCAUUCACCAUUAAAUCUCUCUCUUUCUCUGUCUGUGGGACUAGGUUAUGAAACUCACUCAAAUUGCUUACCCUUUUUGUGGGAAAAAAAAUUUUAAAAAAAAAAUUUCCUUGCCAAUCCUCUCGAAAACAAAGUUAAUUAAACAAAAGCCCACCAACAUCAUAACCCCUUUCAAAGGUUUCUAGGAUUUAUCAAAAAAAAAAAAUAAAAGGAAAAAAAAAUUUGUAUAAAUAGCCCUGUUACUGUUCUUUUCUACUUCCCCUAUAUAUCAUCCAUAUAUUUCAGCUGAUUUCCUACUUCGAAAUCCACUACCUACCCUUCUCUCUCUCUCUCUCUCUCUCUCUCUCAUGGCUUCAAUCAAUGAGACCAAAGCUGAAAUCUACAGUGAUCAAAUACCUUUUGAGGGUGUUCCAUUUCUUCUUCAACAGUUUUAGCUUCUGAAUAUUAGAGGUUUUUAUCACUCAUAUCUUGGACUUGAAAAAAAUAGUAAAAACGAAAAUCUCAAUUCCAAUAUCACCAUCUGUUCGUGUUCUAUUUCUUUCUUUCUUUCUUUCUUUUUUAUCUUGAUUUUGGUUCUCUUUUCCUGUUAUCCAUAAUAACCUAGCUAGCAAUAAUCAUAUGGAAAACCCUUAGACCCCCCUUCAAACCAAAAAAUAAAAAAUAAAAAGCAAAGCCCACAAUUUCAAGAUCCAAGAAAGAUCAGGAAAAAAAAAAAAAAAAAAAAAAAACCCAAAAAAAGAAAAAGAACCCACUUCGAAUUUCAAUUAUAUAUCCCAUGGAUUCACUUCAAGAAUUCGAAACCAAUUCAAAUCCAGAAACAAAUUCAACCAUCAUCAACAUCAACACCACCAUCAGCAGCAGCAGCAGCAUCAUCAGCAACAGCACCACCAACAGCACCAGCACCUCACUAGCUGCAGCAGCAUCAGCGUUGUCACCGUCAUCCUCAUCGUCAUCGUCGCCGACCUCGACGCUGAGCCGGUACGAGAACCAGAAACGAAGAGACUGGAACACUUUUGGUCAGUACCUCCGAAACCACAGGCCGCCACUGUCUCUCUCCCGCUGCAGCGGAGCUCAUGUGCUGGAAUUCCUCAGGUACUUGGACCAAUUCGGGAAAACUAAGGUUCACACCCAGCUCUGUCCCUUCUUCGGCCAUCCCAACCCACCGGCACCCUGUCCCUGCCCUCUACGCCAAGCUUGGGGAAGCCUCGACGCCCUCAUCGGCCGCCUCCGAGCCGCUUUCGAAGAGCACGGUGGGAGACCGGAGGCGAAUCCGUUCGGAGCAAGAGCUGUGAGGUUGUAUCUGCGAGAAGUUCGUGAUUCACAGGCCAAAGCAAGAGGUAUUAGCUAUGAAAAGAAGAAACGCAAAAGGCCUCCGCAUAAUAAUAAUAGUAAUAGUAGUCAAGCUUCUCAUCUGCCGGCAUUGCCUCCUCCUCAUCCACAACAACCUCCUUCUGGUAACCAACAACAGUGAACCAGAUCAACCUGCUGUUGUCUGUUAAUGGGUAUUUAAUUUCUAUGUAAGUUUAUUAUUAUUAUUAUUAUUAUUAUUAUUAUAUAUGCUGUUUUUAUUUUAUUUUAUUUUAAUUGAAGUAGUAGUUUAUAUUUAGUAGCAGUGGUAGUAAUGUGUAUGUAGAGCUCAGUUUGAAGUUGGAAAUGGGUUGUGUAUGUGACUUCACCUUACCAGAUUUGUCACAGAGAUAUAUUACGUACUUAAAAGGUCAUUUAUUUGACAAAGUAAUAGAUUUGCAGAUCAUGUUGUAUGUCUUUUUUUGGA